AUGACGGGACGAAAGAAAUCGAACGAUAAUCAGCGGCUCCGCCCGUAUGCGGCUGGCCGAUUACGGGCAGACAGCCGCUCUUGGGUGAAUGGAGCCUCAGUGUGGCAGACUCUUCCUCCCGUCCAUGUUCAUAUCUCGUUACGGACAUUCAGUAACAUGGCAGAGAUGAAGAAGGAAUGGAGUAAAAGCAUGAUGACUCCAACUGCUGCUGUCCUUGUCCUCUGGCUUCUCACAUACACCCCCGCGCCAGUGAAGGGCUACCCAAAUGGAAAAGUAGCAAAAGCCUGCGACUCAAUGAUGCCUCGGCAUGAUCAUGUACCACAAGAAGGGGUUGUUCAUGAUAUAACAGUGGAUAAAACGACAUUUAAACCUGGCGAUCACAUUAAAGUCACAUUAUCCGGGCCACAAUUUGCUGGAUUCUUUAUCCAAGCAAGGGAUACCAGUGAUUUGGAAGGCAGUGCAGUGGGUUCCUUCUCUCUAAUUGAUGAUAGAAUCUCCCAGCUUAUGAAAUGUGGCCAAGUACAGGAUUCUGCAGUGAGUCAGACCAGCAAGAGGAGGAAGUCUAUGGUGGAAGUCUAUUGGAUUGCCCCCAGCAAUGCUCCACAGCAUGUCCAGUUCUUAGUCACUGUUGUUGAAAAAUACUCCAUAUUCUGGGUGAAAAUCCCCGGACCAGUUGUUUCUCAAACUACUCCUCCACCGGUCAUACAGAUUCCAAAUACUGCUCCAUUACCAAUGAUGCCAGCCAAGUCAGCUCUAACACAGCGGUUCAGCUCGUUUGGAUGUGGCAGCAGUAAAUUCUGCGUCAGGAAUCCGACUUCUUGUGACCCUGAGCGGGAUGCGUGGUGCUCUUUCUUGUCCUUCCAGAAGAAAGCCAACUCCAUGCAGAUUGAAUUGAGCGGACCAGGGAAAGGCUAUGUGGCAUUUGCCUUGUCACAUGACCAAUGGAUGGGUGAUGAUGACUACUACUUGUGUGUGAGAGAUGGCCAGACUGUUGAUGUAAACCCGGCAUACACUACAGGACGAAUGCCCCCAGAAACCGCACCCCCGGAGGUUCUGCAAGACAUCGCGUGGAGUGUGGCAGACGGAGUCCUUCAGUGUUCUUUCCGUAGGGACAUCAGGAUCCCAUCGUCUUCAGAGAGGUUUCCUUUGGAUGGCAAUUACUACAUAUUCUUAGCUGAUGGAGAUGCCGAGAAUGGAAUGAUCAAAAGACAUCAUAGACAGCCCCUCAUAACCAGCAAAAUGUUUAAUGUUAGUGGAUCUCCUAAAGACGUUGGAGGAUCAAGGUCUCCGGUACUCAUCAAAUUUCAUGGUGCUAUGAUGUUCCUGGCCUGGAUGACCACAGUUAGCAUUGGUGUUCUUGUCGCCCGCUUUUUCAAACCUGUCUGGCCAACAUCGUCAUUGUGUGGGCAGAAAGUCUGGUUCCAGGUGCAUCGUAUGCUAAUGGUGACCACAGUGGUGCUAACAGCAGUGGCUUUUGUACUUCCUUUUUUAUACCGUCGAAAAUGGAGCAACCGUGCGGGUUAUCAUCCAUAUCUGGGUUGUGUUGUUAUGGCUCUUUCAGUUCUCCAGCCUGUGAUGGCAAUCUUCAGACCACCACCUCAUAGUCCCAGGAGGUCUCUUUUUAACUGGACGCACUGGGGAGGGGGCACAGCUGCCAGAAUUAUAGCAGUGGCUGCAAUAUUCUUGGGUAUGGACUUACAAGCGCUGGAACUCCCAGAUCCUUGGGACACCUACACGAUGGUUGGCUUUGUACUAUGGCAUGUGUGUAUCGACAUUUUGCUGGAGCUGCACAGCUUCUGUCUCCUGCGCAGAGAAUCCAAAAUAAUGGAAGAGGAUCGGGUUCAUAUUCUAAAUCCUAUAUUUAUUGGGGAAAAGGGCCACACCUUUAAGAAGAUUGUGCUGACAGUAUACAUCUGUGGAAACUUUGCCUUUUUGAUAACAUUCCUGGCUGCAAUCUACCAACUUUGACCACAUUCAGGAAAA